GUCUGUGAGGAGGUGCACCAUGUGACGCUGGAAGUUGUUUUCCUGUUUAGGCUGCGGUGGACACGUGGGUACCGUGAUGUCGGCCUCUUUGCUCAGGAAGGGUCUAGAGCUGCUGGCCCCGGAGCCGACAGGUAACAAGCAGAAGGGUGUAAAGAAAGGAACAAUUCCUCGGAGCCUCCAGAGUCAGUUGCUCCGUAGCGACAAGACCGGAGUCAGGAAGCAGCUGCGGCGGAUGAGGCAGCAGGGCAAGCAGCAGAACCAGAGGGCGACCGCGAAGGGCAGAACGGUCACUUCGGCCAUAGAGGAGUAUAAGAAACACAGCGAGAAGGAUCAUCUGGCGCAGAAUCUCAAGUACAUGCUGAACCCUCAAUCUGUGGCCAACAAAGACACUGUCCAGAAGAUAUUAAAACAGAAUUGCGGACGCCGAGCAAGAGACCAACGGGUGAGCAAGGAGCCCAAGAAGGCAGCGGAGCCGUCUGCAUUCACUGACGCAGACUUCAAACGCUUUGAGAAGGAAUAUUUUGGUGGCAAAUAGCAGCCGGCUUGAAGUCCAAAGUACAACUGUAUAUUUACUAUCCUGGUAUCUAUGGGACUUGAUAAACAGGAAUCCCAGAGAGGAUAAUGAUCAUUUUUCUCAUCUGGCUAUGGACACUAAUAAAUGCUGCAAAAGAGGCGUCUCAUUUACAUUGUGCUCUAAAGGGGCAAAGUGUUUAGGUGAGACGUGUGACAAUGUAUCUGUUUUAUAAUAUUCAAAUAAAAAUUGCUGCAUCACAAGGAAUGUGGGGUGCUCGGAGCCUAUAAGGAACGUGCAGUGUUAGUAAUGUGCCACUUGGUGGCAGUGUUGACAUUUUGAAUAAGACAACCAUUACACAACCUUGCCAGCUGAUAGCCCUCUGGGGUUCAGCAUGAGUUGGGUAUGUGGGUCACGCUGUUUGUAUUCACUCACAGUGAAAUGAAGAAGCAAAAGAAAAGCCCUGAAAGAGGAACUGAGCGCUUGGUAAAUUCCACAGCAACAGGAUCUACUGCGUGGCAUUUCCAUGAACACUCAGGUUAACCCUUUGCUGCCAUUUACAAUCAUGUACAACUCCAGAAUUUUCUAAAAAAUUAAUAACAUCUAUCUGUUAACAGAG